AUGUCUUCAAUAGAACAGCCUACUCAAAAUCCCAUCAUCCUUUGGGCCCAUCAACGUGCAGUUUCCAGUGCAUUCGAACGUACUUUUGUUCAACGAACUGAUGAAUUUAUCUGUUUUCAUGAACCUUUUGGUGAAGCUAUAUACUUUGAUGAACCUUUAUGUGAAAGAGUACAUUUUAAUAAACCCCACUCAGAUCAAACUCCUUUAAACCAUUUCGAUAGUGCUUUUUAUAUUAAAGAGUUGCUAAACAAAACUGUGUCAAGAACUUAUGAGCAACCUUUUAACGAAUCUCUGAAAAUAUCUUUUACAAAAGUCCUGGAUAAGAUAUUGUUAAAGGAUCAAAGUCAGAACGGAAAUGAUAUAAAACCAAAAAGAGUUUUUGUAAAAGAGAUGGCCAUGUUCAUUAAAGGACACUACGGACCCAAUAGUGAUAAUUUUUUCUCAAAAAAUACAAUGUCAAAGAUUAAGCAUACUUUUCUUAUUCGUGAUCCAGUGAAAUCUGUUAAGUCAUUGUAUCGAACCUCAAUGGCAAUAAACAAAGAUCCUACUUCUCCUUGGUAUGGAUAUGAAUUUAUUCCAUUAAGCUUAGGACUUUCAGAACUUGUUGAACUCUUUAACUAUGUUAAAGAUGAGCUGGGACAAACACCUAUCGUCGUAGAUGCUGAUGAUCUUUGCAAUGACUCUAAAAAAGUAUUGGGCAAAUAUUGUGAAAUGGUGAACGUAGACUUUAAAGAGUCUAUGUUAACUUGGGAAGCCGGGAAAAUUGAGGGCUGGGGAAGAUAUAAUGGAUGGCAUAAGUAA